UUGUUAUUGUGGAGAAAGCCAAAUCCUCGUUUUCUCAUGGCAGUUGUCGACGGGAACAAAAACUGAACUCCGCUUCUAAGAUCUUCGACGGAGAAACUUCAGAUCUGAUCGGAGAUCGAUUUCAAAUUUCUCCAUUCUAAUUUCUAUUUAUCGAGAGAGUGAAAAGCGAGAGAGCACAACAAGGAAGGAGAAGAAGAAGAAGAAGAAGGAAACAUGGAGGAGUUCUUAGAUAAGUUGCCGCAGAUGGAUCUGAUGCGUUCGGAGAAGAUGACGCUUGUUCAGCUUAUCAUCCCUGUUGAGUCCGCUCACCGCUCCAUCACUUAUCUCGGCGAACUCGGACUCUUGCAGUUUCGCGACCUAAAUGCUGAUAAAAGUCCCUUUCAGCGGACAUUUGCUAAUCAGGUAAAACGGUGUGGUGAGAUGUCUAGGAAGCUGCGGUUUUUUAAAGAUCAAAUUGAUAAAGCUGGGCUAAGAUGUUCACCACGCCAUGAAAUAGAACCGGAUAUUGAACUUGGUGAUUUAGAGAGACAACUUGCUGAUCACGAGCAUGAGGUACUGGAAAUGAAUUCGAACAGUGAAAAGCUUCGGCAGACAUAUAACGAACUCCUAGAAUUCAAGAUAGUUCUUCAAAAGGCAAGUGGUUUCCUGGUCUCAAGUAAUGCACAUGCAAUUGGAGAGGAAACAGAACUACAUGAAAGCACCUACUCAAAUAACGGUUUUAUUGAGACUGCCUCUUUGCUUGAGCAGGAAAUGAAUCCUGGACCCUCUAGUCAAUCAGGAUUGAGAUUUAUUAGUGGAAUCAUUAACAAAGACAAACUUCUUAGAUUCGAAAGAAUGUUAUUUCGUGCAACAAGAGGCAAUAUGCUUUUCAACCAAACACCCUCUGAUGAGGAGAUCAUGGAUCCUUCAACAUCAGAAAUGGUGGAGAAAAUUGUAUUUGUGGUAUUCUUUUCUGGGGAACAAGCAAGGACGAAAAUAUUGAAAAUAUGUGAAGCAUUUGGUGCAAAUUGCUAUCCUGUCCCUGAGGAUACGACAAAGCAAAGGCAGCUUACAAGAGAAGUUUUAUCCCGACUCUCGGAUUUGGAAGCUACACUAGAUGCUGGAACUCGCCAUCGGAAUAGUGCCCUUAAUUCUGUUGGUUAUAGCUUGACUAAUUGGAUGACGACGGUUCGGAGAGAAAAAGCUGUUUAUGAUACGCUGAAUAUGCUAAAUUUUGAUGUAACCAAGAAAUGCCUUGUCGGUGAAGGUUGGUGCCCCACAUUUGCUAAGACCCAGAUUCAUGAGGUCCUGCAGCGAGCCACUUUUGACAGCAAUUCACAGGUGGGCGUUAUAUUUCAUGUAAUGCAAGCAGUAGAAUCACCUCCUACCUAUUUCAGAACGAACAAACUUACAAAUGCAUUCCAGGAGAUUAUUGAUGCUUACGGUGUUGCGAGAUAUCAAGAGGCAAACCCUGCAGUUUAUUCAGUUGUCACAUAUCCCUUUUUGUUUGCUGUUAUGUUUGGGGAUUGGGGUCAUGGUCUAUGCUUGCUUCUAGGAGCGUUGUAUCUUCUUGCUCGUGAAAGAAAGUUGAGUACGCAGAAACUUGGAAGCUUUAUGGAGAUGCUUUUUGGAGGCCGCUAUGUAAUCUUACUCAUGUCACUAUUUUCAAUAUAUUGUGGGCUUAUCUACAAUGAGUUCUUCUCUGUGCCUUUCCACAUCUUUGGUGGCUCAGCUUACAAAUGCAGAGAUACUACUUGUAGCGAUGCUUACACGGUUGGUUUGGUCAAGUACCGUGAUCCAUACCCUUUUGGCGUAGAUCCUAGUUGGUAUGGAAGUCGCUCCGAACUGCCUUACCUAAACUCUCUUAAGAUGAAGAUGUCUAUUCUGCUGGGAAUUGCACAGAUGAAUCUGGGACUGAUAUUAAGUUUCUUCAAUGCCCGCUUCUUUGGCUCUUCAUUGGACAUAAGGUAUCAGUUUAUACCUCAGAUGAUAUUUCUUAACAGCCUAUUCGGCUACCUUUCACUGCUCAUCAUCAUCAAGUGGUGCACGGGAUCUCAAGCAGACUUGUAUCAUGUAAUGAUCUACAUGUUUCUGAGUCCCACUGAAGAACUUGGAGAAAAUGAGUUGUUUUGGGGCCAGCGUCCACUUCAGAUUCUGUUAUUGCUUUCGGCAUUCAUCGCGGUCCCAUGGAUGCUUUUUCCAAAACCCUUUGCCCUCAGGAAAAUUCACAUGGAGCAUAGAAUUUGUUCUAGGUUCAGUUUCUAACACAGCAUCUUACCUUCGUCUUUGGGCUCUUAGUUUGGCUCAUUCGGAAUUGUCGACAGUCUUCUAUGAGAAAGUUCUUCUUCUUGCCUGGGGGUAUGAAAACAUAUUGAUCCGCUUAAUAGGAGUAGCGGUAUUUGCGUUUGCAACAGCGUUUAUACUUCUGAUGAUGGAAACACUAAGUGCAUUUCUCCAUGCUCUGCGUCUUCACUGGGUUGAAUUCAUGGGGAAGUUCUUCCAUGGAGAUGGUUACAAGUUCAAGCCUUUCUCUUUCGCUUUAAUCUCAGAUGACGAUGAAUAAAACCGUAAAGUCCCUCAGCCAUUUUGCACAUCCCACUUUCCCAAAAAUCUUCCCCAAAAUAUAUAUAUAUAGAAGAAAAUUGGCUUUUUCCAAAACCCCAAAACUCAUUAUACGGUAACUCCUCUGCUUCAUCUUUUUCUUUUUUUUUUGAAACUCUUUAACCGAAUCCUUCAAAUUGGUAUUUGUUAUGCCGUAGUAGUUAAUGUCAGAAGUUAGGCCUGGGCAUUCGGUUAACCAUUCGGUUUCGGUUCGGUUGUAUUCGGUUUCGGUUAUUUUGGAUAUAGUA